CUGUGAAACGUGGUACAAGAUGUAACCUUUACUUUGGAGAAGUGAACCGUCUGGUUCCAACAACAACCGCCAAGCAGAAGAGAUCAAAAUCCAAACAGUGGUUUUGCCGUUUUACUGUCACAGUUGAUGAUCUGUUGAGACAUUUAGAUUCUGUUCAACAGAAGGAUGCCAGCUGUGACUACAACUUGGAACGUGAACAGAAUACUUUGUCUCCUCGUAGUGAUAGAAGGAGCUUGACUGAUAUUGUGGCAAGAGAAUCAAGCACAAUGAGCAAAAAGUCAACAUUUACUGUGACAGCAGCAAGUUCAGAUGUCACCAUGUCCAGUGUUUCCACUCCUACCACCUCAGUGAACCCAACAUCAGCAAGUUCAGAUGUCACCAUGUCCAGUGUUUCCACUCCUGCCACCUCUGUGAACCCAACAUCAGGAUCGUUUCCACCUAAUCUCAGUUCUGAAAAUACUGUGACCUCUGCUGUCAGAACAACGACGAAUCCGACACCAGGAGGCAAUGAUGCAGAUGUGGAAAGAGAAUCAAGUACCAUGAGCACAAAAUCCGCAUUUACUGUGACCACCGGUUCGACUGUUAUAAUGUCCAGUGUUUCCCCUCCUAUCACCUCUGUGAACCUAACACCAGCAGCAACUGUUAAACUGUUAAAGUUGCUCAUGUCUGUGGCGGCUUUUGGAGUAAGCAUUGCUGUCGUCCUUCUGGUGCUGGUGCUUCACAGACAUCUCAAAAGAAGAACAGGAAGUUCAUCUUCCAAAACAAAAGCCAACAUCACAGAUGAGUCUGUGUGCCUGAGAAAUAUCAGCCAUGGAGGAGUGGAGUUACCUGUUAAUAGUACCUACAGUUUGAUCACUUCAGUACCUAGUGCUGACUGUUCUACAGGUUUUGAGAAACUGAACAGAGAAGAGCCUCAAAGUCAAGAUUCUGACAUCUAUCACCUGUACGAAACCAUCCCUGACCGCCCAACUGCAUCAGACCAACCAGACAUGGUGUACAGCCUCCUGCAGGCAUACUGAAACACAGGGUUUAUAGAAUAAUGUGCAAUUAUGAUUAAGGAGAAGAAAGCAGAAAGCCUAAAGAGUAUUUUUUUAAACAAUGUGUUAUUUUAAAAUCCACCUUUUACUGUUUACAAUCUAAUCAAGAGAGAUGUUGUCGGUAAUGUGUGUGACCUGGUCCUGACCCUCAAAAAACUAUUUAUAUCUGUAUUAUAUCUCUGUAUGUUUAAUAAACUAAAAAUUUAUUCAUCUUAACUUUAAACUAUAGCUGCUAGGCAGAAUUACUCAAAAGAAUGUGUGUAUUGUAAUCAAUUUUAUUUUUUAAUCCAUCGAUAUUUGUAGCUUGAACUUUGUCAUUUAUUAGUUGCUCACUGUGAGAUUCCUUUGUUGUGUGUUAAUACAAACUAAAAGGAAAAUAUCGAACAAAGUAUAUCUACAACUUACAAUCUCACUAAAUGUUUCUACAUAUUUUUGUGAGUGUAUUUCAUUUGUUUUCCUACGCUGUGUAAUUCAUGUUUUAUAUUAAAGUGAUUUUAAGUUCA